AUUGACUGUGCUUCUGAAUCCUCUGUCUAGGCUUGUUACUACUUCUGCCCCACUACAAGGAAGAUAACCUUUGGUUUGAUUUGAAGCCCCUUAAAGGCUCCUCAAACUCCCCUCUGCCAGGAACGAUGGCUCUACCCAUAAACCCCAUGGAUGAACCCAGGAUGUACCAGCAGACGUUGCUCCAGGACGGCCUGUACGACCUGCUGGAGAAUGACAAGCUGGUCGACUGUACGCUGAAAAUCAAAGACAAGGAGUUCCCCUGCCACCGGCUGGUCCUGUGUGCCUGCAGCUCCUACUUCCGCUCCAUCUUCCUGUCUGAUCUGGAUGAGAGCAAAAAAAGAGAAAUAGUGUUGGAGGAUGUGGAGCCAGGUGUAAUGGGGCUAAUCCUAAAGUACCUCUACACCUCAAAGAUCAAUGUGACGGAGCAGAAUGUCCAGGAUAUCUUUGCAGUGGCAAAUAUAUACCAGAUCCCUUCCAUUUUUACUGUUUGUGUGUCUUUCCUACAGAAGCGCCUCAGUCUGAGCAACUGUCUGGCUAUUUUCAGACUCGGCCUGAUGCUCGACUGUCCCAGGUUGGCCGUGUCUGCUCGAAACUAUGCCUGUGAGAACUUCCACCUCAUCUCCAGAGAUGAGGAAUUCCUGCAGCUACUCCCCAGCGAGCUUGCAGCCAUUUUAACAAAUGACAACCUGAAUGUAGAAUCAGAGGAAGUGGUGUUUGAUGCGUUGAUGAACUGGGUGUCCCAGGAUGCUGAAAACAGAGAAAAAGAACUGCCUGAUUUGUUGGAUUGUGUUCGAUUGCGUUUGGUCAGUGAGGAUUUCCUGAAGGAGAAAGUGGAGGGAAACAAACUGAUCUGCUCAAAUCCAGAGCUGCAGAAGAAAGUCCAGCUAGUUAAGGAUGCUCAUGAAGGGAAACUUCCUGAAGUUAAAAAAAGCAAAAAAGAGGACAGUGGAGCAGAGAAAGAUGGAGAGAAUGAAGAAAAAGAGGAAGAAGAGGGUCUUCUUCCAGGCAUCCUGAAUGAUAACCUGAGGUUUGGCAUGUUUGCCAGGAACUUGAUACUGAUGGUGAAUGAUGCAGGCGCCGUGGCCUACGAUCCAUCCGGAAAUGACUGCUUUGUAGCAUCACUUUCCACACAGAUCCCCAAGAACCACGCCAGCUUAGUCACCAAGGGGAAUCAGAUCUUUGUGGCAGGAGGAUUAUUUUACGAUGAACAGAACAAGGAGGAUCCACUUUGCUCGUACUUCCUGCAGUAUGAUCCUGUCAGUGCUGAUUGGCUUGGGAUGCCUCCCCUGCCAUCUCCCCGCUUCCUGUUUGGGCUGGCUGAAGCUGAGAACUCCAUCUUUGUGCUGGGCGGGAAGGAACUGAAGGACCAGGAGCGCACGCUGGACUCUGUUUUGGUCUAUGACAGGCAAUCUUUCAAAUGGGGGGAAUCAGAUCCAAUUCCUUACUCAGUCUAUGGACACCAAACAGUAUCUCACAAUGACGUGGUAUAUGUCAUUGGAGGGAAAGGAGACAGCAAGAACUGUCUGAAGAGGAUGUGUGCAUAUGAUGCUCUGAGGUUUGAAUGGAAGGAGCUUGCACCCAUGAAAGUCGCACGUUCAUUAUUUGGAGCCACUGUUCACAGGGACAAAAUAUACAUAGCAGCAGGAGUCACGGACGGUGGGCUGACGGAUACAGUAGAGGUGUACGACAUCGCUACCAACAAGUGGUCUGACUUUGUGGCGUUUCCUCAGGAGCGUAGCUCUCUGAACCUGGUGUCUCUGGCGGGCUCGCUGUAUGCUGUUGGAGGUUUUGCGAUGAUGCCUCUGGAGGACAGCGAUGACAUCAUUCCCAAAGAGAUGAACGACAUCUGGAGGUUUGAUGAGACAGAGAAGAAGUGGAACGGUAUCCUCAGAGAAAUCCAGUACGCUUCAGGGGCCACCAUCCUGGGGGUCCGCCUCAACACCCUGCGUCUCACCAAGAUGUAAAACCAGUCAAGAGUUCUUCACAGAAGACUUACAGGACAGCUCAUAUGUUAGGAAUCAUCUAAGAGUUGUUCUGGAGUAGUUUGUUUUAUAAAACAUACUAAAUGGCUUUGGUUUAACAUAAGUGUCAAUCUUUCCCAUUGAAAACAUUUUUAUAUAUGUGUGUUUUAGUGAUUUUAUUCCACAUAAGA